AUGGAUAUCAAAACGAUUCGUGAGAAGUUGACGGUGGUCAAUGUGACCGCAAUGACGGUGAGAAAAUUAUCUGAAAAUUUUGCAAGGAAGAAUCUAAUCGAUAAACGCACUGUUUUGCAGAGUGAAUCGGUGGCCGAAUACGAGCAAGACGUCGAGGAGUACAUGCGUCUGCUGGAGCGUCAGUUGGACGAGGAGACGGAGAAGAAGCUGAAGCUGUCGAAUCGGAUCGGCGUCGUCCAAUCGCAAGUGACCGAACUGUGGGACCGCGUGGACAAGGCGCGUCGCCGCGAGUCGGACAUCUCGUACAGGGUGACGGCGUGGGCGCAGCAUCUGGCCGAGAUGAUGAGCGAGGUGAAGGCGAAAAAGGAGCUGAUGGGCGUCACGAUGGACUCUUCGGCGGCGCUUUCCGCCGAAAUCCAGCAGAGCCUCGAGAAACUCGCCGAGAAAAGGGAUCUCGUGCAGAGAAUGCGCGAGGAAAUCGACUUUCGACGCCAUUUGCACAAGGUUUGCUUUCUUUCUUUGUUUUUCUAAGUUUUUCAACAAUUAUUCAAUUUCAGCAACAGCUGAAAGACCUGAAAACGGACUGUGAUCGCGAAGAAUUCCGGCUGAAAGAGUGGAGCGCGAGGGCGGCGGAGAUCGGAAAAGCGAUCGAAAUGCUUCGAGAGCAGCGGCAAGUGCUCGCCGAGCGAGUUGAGGAGGAGAAGCGGAUGGAGCAGGAGCAGAAGAAGAUGCUCGAGGAGCUGGAGACGAUGCUCAAGAAGGCGGGCGCGGCGGCGAAGAAGAGACGUCCGAUCGGCGGCCAGAAGGUCGUCUGUGUCGCCUCUUUCUCCAGUCUCACAGAAGAGAGCUCUUGA